AUGCGAGGCUUGCAUUUCUACACGCUGAACUUGGAGCGAUCGGUGCGACUUAUCCUGGACGGGUUGAGGUAUACGGAGACGGCGGCGACGCGGCGCAUGUAUCCCUGGAGAGCGUCGGCGCUGUCGAAGCGGGCGGCGGAGGACGUCAGACCCAUCAACUGGGCGAACCGGCCGCGGAGCUACCUGGCACGCACGGAGGUCUGGGACGAGUACCCCAACGGGAGAUGGGGGGAUGGCAGGAGCCCUGCGUUCGGAGAGCUCAGCGACACCCACUUCUUCCGUCCCCUGGUGGGCAGCCGGGAGGACCGCAAGGCCAUGUGGGGGGAGGCGCCGAUCGUCCCGGGGGAGAUCUUCGAGACCUUCGCCUCCUACAUCGAAGGAAAGAUCCCGAAGCUGCCGUGGUGCGAGGUUAGCCUGCAGCAGGAGUCCAGCACGAUCGGGAAGGAGCUGGCGGUGAUAAACCGCAGAGGUUUCCUCACCAUCAACAGCCAGCCGGCUGUAAACGCAGCGCCGAGCGACCACCCUGUGUUCGGGUGGGGCGGGGCAGGGGGUCGGGUCUACCAAAAGGCUUACGUGGAGUUCUUCACGUCGGAGGCGUUGUUGGAUGAGGUUCUGGAGGCGUGCGCGUCUCGGCCGGAGCUGAACUACUACGCGGUUGACGUCAAGGGGCGCACUCGAUCAAGGGGGGUCAAGGGCACCACGGCGCUGUCAUGGGGCGUGUUCCCCAACCGGGAGGUGCAGCAGCCGACUGUCUUCGACCCGGAAACGUACAUGGUGUGGAAGGGGGAGGCGUUCCGGCUGUGGGUGGACCUGUGGGCGUCUCUCUACGACGAUGAGUCCAAGAGCGCGGAGCUGCUGCACGACAUUCACGACUCGUACUACCUCGUGGCCGUGGUGGACAACAACUUCAUCGACGGCAACCUCUGGGAGAUUUUCUCCCAAGGCACGCAACCUGGUGCUUCAGCGGAGACGGGAAGCUCUACUUCCAUCUAGCGUUUUCUGACUAAUUGCCGCGACUCCGUAAGCUCUCCCAAGCUGGGUUCGUGAUCAGCAGCUCAAACCCUAGGACAAUGACUA